AGAUGGUCCUUCAAUUUCUUUCUUUGUUCCUUCCCUUGUCCCAAAGAACACUCUCCCUCCCUCCCUUCAUAUUUUGUCCCCUUCUAUGAACACUCAACCCAACACCACUCACAAGGCUCCGGCCACUCCCUCCAACUCACAUCCUUUAACCACCUUGUCACCAUCUUCUCCAUCAUAUCUCUAUAUAUAUUCACUUACUCCACACAGCUCUUCAUCCUAUCUUCUUAAGUUUUCCUACUAAGGUGUAUUACUUAUACCCUUCACUACUGCUGCUACUGCUACUAGCUACCUCUACUAAUCAUCUUUCUUUUCUUUCUUUUCCAGCCUCUAUUUGUAUUAAACCUCCUACAGAUACACUAUGCCUUCUAGACUUGCAGAUGUUUACAGAACUCACCCUACCCAUCUCCAACACAAUCACUUAGAUUUUGAAUCAGUACAUGAAGUACCUGAAUCACAUGCUUGGCCACCACUGGAUGAUUAUCCAUCCAGGGACUCAUAUGGUACUACUACAGAGUCAGUUCCAGUUAUUGAUCUCUCAGACCCAAAAGCUGUGAGGCUUAUGGGUCAUGCAUGCAAGACGUGGGGUGUAUUCCAAGUAACAAACCAUGGCAUCCCCAUGCGCCUUCUCAACGACGUCGAAUCUGAAAGCCGGCGCCUUUUCUCUCUCCCUGUUCCACAGAAACUCAAGGCUGCUCGGUUACCUGAUGGGAUCUCUGGAUAUGGCAUAGCUAGGAUCUCUUCCUUCUUCCCUAAGCGCAUGUGGUCUGAAGGCUUCACCAUCCUUGGAUCCCCUUCUGAACAUGCCCGCCAGCUUUGGCCUAAAGACUUCAACAACUUCUGUGAUGUAAUGGAAGAAUAUGAGAAAGAGAUGAAACAACUUGCUGGAAGGUUGCUGUGGCUUAUACUUGGAUCUUUGGACAUAAACAAAGAAGACAUCAAAUGGGCAGGUCCUAAGGGUGAUUUUGCUGAUGCAGGAGCUGUGUUACAACUGAAUUCAUAUCCGGCAUGCCCAGAACCAAAUCGGGCUAUGGGUCUAGCUGCCCACACAGACUCAACCCUCCUCACAGUCUUAUACCAAAACAGCACAAGUGGUCUUCAGGUUCUAAGAGAUGGAGCCGGGUGGGUGAUGGUGCCUCCUCUAGCAGGUGCACUAGUUAUUAACAUUGGAGACCUUCUUCACAUUCUCUCUAAUGGCCGUUACCCGAGUGUUCUCCAUCGUGCAGUCGUUAACUCAACCCACCACCGGCUCUCCAUAGCAUACCUCUACGGACCUCCAAUGAAUGUUCAAAUCUCACCCCUCUCAAGACUCAUCGAUCCAUACCAUCCUCCUCUCUAUCGUUCUGUGACAUGGAGUGAGUACCUCAGAGCCAAGGCACAACAUUUCAACAAGGCACUCUCAUCAGUUCGCCUAUGGUCUCCUCUAAACGGAUACGUCGAUGUGAACAGUAAAAAUAGUGUGAAAGUUGGCUAAUUAAUGAGCAUCAUCUUCAUCUUCAUCUUCA